AUGCACUGGACCACCUCUACUCUCGUCGCUUUGGCGUUUGCGAGCCCGAUUUCUGCCCUCAUUCGUUUCCAGUGCUCUCAGCUGGUCGUGGAGCGCCUUGAUCCGCUUGUCACACCGGGACAAGUUCCCUCCCCGCAUGUUCAUCAGAUUGUUGGAGGGAACUCAUUCAACGCAACCAUGGCCCCUUCUAAAGACAUGCCUGGAGAAAGUACAUGUACAACUUGUCAAUUCUCCGAGGACUUCAGUAACUACUGGACUGCUAUAUUAUACUUCCGAGCCCGCAACGGGACUUACAAAAGGGUACCUCAACGCAGCAAUGCGGGUUUCGAUGGGACCACAGGCGGUGGAAUGACGGUCUACUACAUGACGGACCCUCUGUACGACUCUCAGCCAAAGUCAAAGGUCUCAGCCUUCAAACCAGGUUUCCGGAUGUUCGUGGGCGACAUCAACGCCAGGACCAAGGAACAAGCUGCUCGCUUCCGCCAACUCACUUACACUUGCAUGGAAAACGCCGGUUCUCGCGAACACGAAGUCGUGCACUUUCCACAGAAGCCUUGCAGCUACGGCAUUAUGACCUCGGUGCGCUUCCCUACUUGCUGGGAUGGCGUCAACCUGGAUUCUCCCGACCAUAUGGCCCAUAUGAGCUAUCCGGAGAGCGGCACGUUCGAAUCUGCUGGCCCGUGUCCCAGCACUCAUCCUGUCAGAGUAUCGCAAGUCUUGUUCGAGGUUAUUUGGGAUACUUCCAAGUUCAACGAUCCCGCCGACUGGCCUGAGGAUGGCUCACAGCCAUUUGUUUGGAGUUUUGGGGAUCCAACCGGCUACGCAAACCAUGCCGACUAUGUCUUCGGCUGGAAGGAUGAUUCGCUGCAGAAGAUUCUGGACACGAGCUGUUAUGCCACGAGCUGCGGAGGGAAGCAGCAAUCAAUUGCCGAAAUGAACAAGUGUGCCGGCUUGAAGAAGACUGUGGAUGAGGAUAUCGGCGAGGAUACAUGGUUGACUCAGCUUCCCGGUGGCCAUGCGGCUGAAUGA